AGCUAUUAAUCUGUUUGUGGUAUUUGGCAAAAGGGGACACAUUUAUUUCAAUGAGUGACCAUGUUAAUGUGUCGCUCUCAUGUGUGUAGAAUAGCUGCACUCUAAUGCUAAAUUUAAUUAACACGCUGUUACCCCGGUAUAUAACAUGGCCCACAGAAGCUGAAUGUGCAGUUAUAUCUGAACAAUUUUUUGCGAAGGUAAGAUAUCCAAGUAACUUAAAAGCUUAUGAGUUUGUUUAAUGUCUUACUUAUUACUACUUGUAGACGUUAUUGGAACAGUUGAUGGUACGCAUAUUGAAUGUAAAGUACCAACGACCCAACAUAGCAGUUAUCAAGACCGCAAAUUCAACCACAGUAUCAUUGUGCAAGCUGUUGCCACCAGCACAAGAUUGUUUACAAACAUUUCUGUGGGAUAUCUAGGAUCUCUACAUGAUGCUCGAAUUUUAAAGGAAUCAGAUCUUGGUCAAACCAUGUAUAACAGAACUGCUAAUUUAUUUUAUAAUGAAAAUUAUCACCUAGUUGGUGAUUCGGCGUACCCUUGUAAAAUGUGGCUGAUGACUCCAUAUAGAAAUACAGGAAGACUCACGCGGAACCAGAGACAACACAAUCGUCGCCUGAGUGUUGCACGUGUUUGCAUGGAACAUAGUUUUGGGUUAUUAAAAGAACGUUUCCGCAUUUGUAAAUUUGUAAAUGCGAACACAAUUGCAAAAGUGGUGAAAAUUGUAACGGCAUGUUGUGUUUUGCAUAAUUUUUGUUUGCUAAAUCAUGACCAGUGGAAUGUCGAGCUUGAUCCAGAACGAAAUGAAAUGUGUUAUAGUGUACAAUAA